AUGAAGAAAAUAAAAUAUUUAGCAUUUUUUUCUUACUUAGGGAGAAACUAUCAUGGAUUUUAAUAUCAAAUACUAGAAGGAUAACGAUUUAAAACUAUUUAAGAUUCUAUCUAAUAAUCUUUGAAUAAUUUUGCCAAGCAAGAAGUAUUUAUAAAAUCUUCCAGUAGAACUGAUGUUGGAGUAAAUGCAAGAAAGCAUCCAGUUUAAUUUGUCCUUCAAAGAGACUCUAAAAAAAAAAUUUGGGAUCUACUGACUGUUUAGAGAGGUGUUAACUUUUAUCUAAGAGAUGCUGGUGACUAAAUUGCGAUAAACGAAGUUUACUAGGUCCCCAUGGAAUUUGAUGUCAGGAAUGAUUGCUUACAAAAAGAAUAUGUAUUCUACAUCGACAGCUAAGUAGGCUAUAAUUGGGAAAAUCCUUUACUUUUUUAUAAGUAAUCCUGGUGCAUUCCUGAUUAAAUAGAUAUUGAUAGACUAAAAUAAGCUUUUCAAAAAUACUUAGGAAGACAUAAUUUUUAUUUGUUUACUAGUCCAGAGCCUUUCUAAACAUAAUUUGAUUUGUUUGAAAAAGAACUUAAUUCUUUUGAAAUUACACAUUAUCCUAAUGAACAUUUUCCGAAGAUUUAAUCAAUAAGAAUCAGUGUAAAAGGUAAAGGAUUUUUAAAGUACCAAGUAAGAUACAUGGUAGGAAUAGCAGUCCUUUAUGCAUAAAAAAAAAUAGAUGAAAACUACUUGAACUAUCUACUAAAUCCUACAGGAUUUAUUCCUUAAGAUGAAAGAAGAAAUUUGAUUAGACUGAAAGCCAAACCAGAAGGACUAUUUUUGUAUGACGUCCAAUAUGAUUAAAAGUUUUUGCAUAGUCAAAUUUAAGAUGAUCUGAUUGUCAACGUUCCUGAAAAAUAAAUUCAAGAUAUUGAUUUAUUAUAAUAAAAAACUUGA